AUGAGUAAAAUACUUCCUAUAGCCAUCCUCCUGCUCUGUCUUCUGAGUCACGGACCUGGUAUGGCCACAGUUUCAGCUUGGGAUGACAAGGAUUUCUUCAGAUACUGUCCACCGUCCUGGUGCAGCAAAGAUGGACCUGAAAUCAGGUUCCCGCUCAGGCUUGAAUCCAGCAAUUCAUCAUCAUCAUGUGGUGCAACAUGUGCGAAGAUAACAUGCUCUGGCCAAGACACCAUUCUGCUUCACCCACUUCUUGGACCAUGCAAAGUGACCGCCAUAGAUUAUAGCCGGGCUUCCUUCAGCAUCGUCCCACUUGUAGACUCUUGCCCGCUUCAAAAGCUCAUCUCCAUAAAUCUCCCAGCCAUAGCUGAUGUCAAUCGUUGUGCACUAUAUGAGUCCACACCUGGAACAUUAGUACAUUGUUCAAGUGUGUUUACACCAAGUGGCACUGCUGAAUUUGCAGGUGACAUAUAUCCCAAGAAUACUGCCGAUUAUAUUGUUGGCCCAAUAUCUUGCUUUAGCAACCAAACUCUGCUUGCGUAUUUGGUGAUGCCUCGCCUAUACAUGCAUGUGCUUCCCUUGGACUGCAAGGUCAUCUCACAUGGCAACAUUCCGAUACCCAACCCAUCAACAUCCAUGCAUGACCCUACGUUCAAGCAAUUAUCGGAAAAAAUAAUCAAUUUUGCUGAAAUAACUGCUAAUUGGGAGUAUUCUAAUUGGGAUAACGAUGGAAGCAUUCCCAGCAGUUGCACACAAUGUGAACUUCAUGGGCGACGCUGCGCAUUCAGCUCAGAAAGGCACCAAGUGUUCUGCAUGGAUAAGAGACCUCAUGGCUCACGUGUCAAAGUCAUUGCAGCUACAUCAUCUGUAGCCGCAUUUAUAGUUCUUUCGGUGAUGGUGGCCACAACGAUCUAUCUGUCCUUGAAGUCAAGGUACAAUGAAGAGAUAAAUAUGAAGGUUGAAAUGUUUCUCAAGGCAUAUGGCACAUCGAAACCCACAAGGUACACUUUCCCUGAAGUUAAGAAGAUGGCAAGACGAUUCAAGGAUAAACUAGGCCAGGGUGGAUUUGGAAGUGUAUACAAAGGAGAGCUACCAAAUGGAGUUCCUGUGGCAGUGAAGAUGCUAGAGUGCUCUACAGGAGAGGGAGAGGAAUUCAUCAAUGAAGUUGCAACCAUUGGACUAAUCCACCAUGCAAAUAUCGUCCGUCUUUUGGGCUUUUGCUCCGAAGGAAUGAGACGGGCUCUUAUUUAUGAAUUCAUGCCUAACGAGUCACUGGAGAAAUACAUAUUCACACAUAUUUCCAAUAUUUCUCAACAACUCCUAGCACCCAACAAAAUGCUAGAUAUUGCUUUAGGCAUUGCCCGAGGAAUGGAAUACCUGCAUCAAGGCUGCAACCAGCGCAUUCUCCACUUUGACAUCAAGCCUCACAACAUCCUGCUGGACUACAACUUCAACCCAAAGAUCUCAGACUUUGGCCUUGCAAAGCUGUGUGCAAGGGACCAGAGCAUCGUCACCUUGACUGCAGCCAGAGGCACCAUGGGAUACAUCGCACCAGAAUUAUACUCUCGGAACUUUGGAGGGGUGUCGUACAAGUCUGACGUGUACAGUUUCGGCAUGCUGGUGUUGGAAAUGGUGAGUGGAAGGAGGAACUCAGACCCAAGUGUUGAGAGCCAGAAUGAGGUGUACCUCCCAGAGUGGAUUUAUGAGAAAAUAACCAAUGAGCAUGAAUGUGAGCUUACUUUGGAAAUGACAGCAGAAGACAAAGAAAAGAUGAGGCAGCUGACUAUUGUGGCACUAUGGUGUAUCCAGUGGAACCCGAAGAAUCGGCCAUCACUGACAAAGGUGGUAAACAUGUUAACGGGGAGGUUGCAGAACCUACAGAUUCCCCCUAAGCCCUUUGUGUCGUCUGAAAAUCAUCCUACAACAUAA